AUGUCUUAUAACAACACGCAGUUGUAUCUGUUGAUUUCGGACCUUGUUCGCUCGUUUUUGUCCGCGUGUGUGUUUCUACGACUGGGGAUUCUGUUCCCUUUGACAGGUCCGCGGUUCUUGCCCGGGGGAAUCGCCGACUUCUUCCUCACGGUGUACACUACAAGUGUCCUUCUUGACGGGUUCGAAUACGUCACGAUCUUUAGACACGUCCCAAAGACAGGGGUGCCGCGCACUUCGGGGAGACGCAUUCUGGCGACGGUGUUUGCACGCGUGUUUCUCACGGCCGCUCUGCUCAACUACCCCAAGGCUGCUAAAAAUAUCGCCUUUAGCAUCGUCAUUCUGUGCUCCUCGGUGGUGGACUUCUUCAGAUACACGUACAACUUCUACAAGGUGCGCACGUACGGCGGGUCUGUGGGGUGGCUCACGAACCUGCGUCGCGUGUCUUACACGUUUGGACAGCCGGUGCUGGUGGCCAGCGAGGCGGCACUGAUCUUCCUGUGUCUGCGACUCGUGGAAACCGAGUACGGCUACUACACAGACUACCUGGACUACGACUGGUGGGCCAACAAAUUUGCAUUCAUCACCAAGACAGUGGUGUACUGUUAUGGGCCGGUGUUCUACCUGAUCUAUAAGACCAAAGUUGCAUCGUUGUGGAAGAACACAACCAAAUCCCACGUCAAGACAGAAUAA